AUGUCCUCAAUCAUUUACCUCAUCCGCCAUGCCGAGUCGGAGCACAACAUCUCGAAAGAUUUCACACAGCGAGAUCCGCCUCUCACUGCCACCGGCUUAGCCCAGGCAUCGGCUCUGAUUGAGACAUUUCCUGACACAGCCUCAAUCGCCGUCGUGCUCACGUCACCACUCACGCGCACGCUACAAACUACCACCACCGCCUUCCCCCAAGUCUUCAGUAAAGAUGCAGGAGCCGGCGCCCAGCUCAUCAUCGACCCGGACCUUCAGGAGCGCAGCGACCUUUCUUGUGAUACCGGGUCUAGACGCGUUACACUGGAUAAGGCCUUUCCGGGACUCGACUUUGGGGGCUUAGAGGAUGAAUGGUUCGUCAAGGAGGGGUUGUACGCCGCGGAUGAUAUUGCGGUCGCUCAGCGAGCACAACGAUUCCGUGACAAGUUACGGGAUAUUAUUACAUCACUUAAGACGGAUAGAGGAGAGGUUGACGAAGGGCGAAGGAGGAAUGUGGUUGUUGUUACUCAUGGCGUGUUCAUGAAAUUCCUUGCCGAGGACAGAGCUAUUGAUCUCCCGAAGGCGGGGUGGAAAGCUUUUAGGAUAGGCAGUGGGAAGGACGGAGGGGCUGUACUGGUGCCUUUGGAGUAA